AUGAAACCGGCAGCUAGGAGCUUGUCGAUCUCGGCUUCAAUGAUCGCGACCCGCUCGGGAGCAAAGUUGCGUCUCUUCUGCACCACGGGCUUGCUAGCAGGGUUGACAUGGAGCCGAUGGCAGAUGAUGUUUGGGUCAAUGCCAGGCAUGUCAGAUGGUGACCACGCGAACAUGUCUUUGUUGUUCUGGAGGAAGAUGGUCAGCUCCAUCUUCUCGUCUGGGCUUAGGCGCGAGCCGAUCCGCGCUUUCUUCUCUGGCUGA